AUGCGGCCAGUGUCGCGGAGGAAACAAACCAGUAUUCUGAUUUGUGCCUUCUUCGAUGUCUUCGUUACAAUCGGGCUCAACCAGGCGUACGGUGUGUUCUUGAAUCAUUACCUUUCGACGGGGAGCAGUGAACAGGAUCCAUUUCUCCCCAAAGCCGAAGUAUCUAGCAAAGCAAUGGUGGCCUUUGUCGGAACGAUGGCCGCAGGACUUACAUGGGGUGGCAGUAUCUUUGUCAAUCCUAUCAUGGCGCGGACCAAAGAUCCAAGGUACAUCACUGGUGCUGGAGCCAUUUUGGUGGGUUUGGGCUAUGUGCUUGCGAGCUUCUGCAGUCGAGUCUGGCAAUUACUACUGACCCAAGGCUUUAUCUAUGGAGUGGGGACUUCUUUACUGUACUUCCCCGUCGUGUCCGUUGCUCCUGAGUACUUCGAUGCUCAUAGAGGCUCAGCAAUGGGCAUCAUUCUAUCUGGGGCAGGCGUCGGUGGGCUCGUGUAUGCACCUGCAGCACGAGCAAUGCUGGCAAAGGUUGGAGCAGCCUGGACUCUCCGUAUCUUUGGACUGGUAAACUUUGCAAUAUCGAUUCCAGUUGUGCUGGCUACACCACCGUCUCGAAGUCUAAUAAAGCGCCCAACCCUCGUGGACGCCAAAUUGGCCAGACGGGGCACUUUCAUACUUCAAGCUUUGGCAGCAAUGGCACAGGCGGCCGGCAACUUUGUCCCGCUAACCUUUUUGCCCGAGUUUAGCACGAGGUUGGGUUACACGGCUGCAUUUGGCGCAGCACUGCUCGCUCUCAAUAACGCUGUGAACACCGUCAGCCGCAUUGGAAUGGGGUUCGUGGCAGAUAUCGCCGGCAGACAAAACACACUGGUUCUUAGCGUCCUUGGAAGUGCUAUCACUGUGGUUGCGUUCUGGCUCUCUAGUGCUCAUGCAGAUGAUAUGGCUCUGUGGAUUACAUUUGUGGUUACGUAUGGCAUCUUUGCAGGAGGCUAUAAUUCAUUGUUUCCAACCACUGUCAUCGAAGUGUUUGGCGCCCAAGCAUAUGCAUCAGUCAAUGGCUUCAUCUAUUUCAUACGAGGACUCGGAGCAUUCUGGGGCUCACCAGUUGGUGGUGUACUCGUUGCGGGAGGCACUGAGCCCCAGGCAUAUAUCAGCCUGAUCUGGUACGACUUUGCACUACUGAUGCUGUCUAGUGUCUGUGUCAUUGGAGUUCGAGGACUGGACGCUGUGGAUAAGGGUCGCUUCAAGCUCAAAGCAUGA